GCGACUGAAGCACAAUAUGGCCGGGAUAUACGCCCGGAGCUGGCCCUCACUAUGCCGGCUGUACUCGCGUUGUGCCGGGGUGAGGUCUAGCGGUGGGCGCUUCUGCCACGGUUGGCAAAAUGCUCUGGAGAGCAAAGGACUUCUGUAUUUUCUGCCAUCAAGCUACCUGCCUAUUCAAGCACAAAUCCGACUUUAUUCUUCCGGUGAUCAGAAGGAAGACCAUGGACCAAAAGGGCCCAGUGCAGCAAGUUCCCAAGAAAAAUCUACAGCAGGACUGGAUUCUAGCAAAUCUGAACAAAAAAGUACUUUCCCACCGGAUCCUAUUCAAGUUAAAGUAAAGGCAGUCUUAAAGAAGAGAGAGUAUGGGACAAAGUACAUGAAGAAUAACUUCAUCACAGGGGUAAGAGCUCUGAAUGAGUUCUGCCUAAAGCCCAGUGACUUGGAGUCAUUACGGAAAAUCAGGCGAAGAAGUCCCCAUGAUGAUACUGAAGCAUUUACUGUAUAUCUGAGGUCUGAUGUGGAGGCAAAAGCCUACGAGGUAUGGGGAAGUCCAGAAGCCAUUUUCAGGGAACGGAAAAUGAGAAAAGAGGAAGAGAUUGCAUAUAGAGAAAAUUUAUUUAAGAACCAGAAACUGUUAAAGGAGUACAAAGACUUUCUAGGGAACACCAAGCCUCGGUUAAGUACAUCCAACAUGUUCAUGAAAGGACCUGGAAAGGUUGUGAUGGUUGCAAUUUGUAUAAAUGGGUUAAACUUCUUUUUUAAGCUGCUAGCAUGGGUGUACACGGGUUCGGCAAGCAUGUUUUCAGAAGCCCUCCAUUCCCUAGCUGACACAUUGAAUCAGGCAUUGCUGGCGUUGGGUAUCUCUCAGUCUGUAAGGACACCUGACCCUGGACACCCGUACGGCUUUACAAACAUGCGCUACAUUGCUUCCCUAAUCAGUGGUGUGGGCAUUUUCAUGAUGGGCGCAGGCCUUUCCUGGUACCAUGGAAUCAUGGGUUUGCUUCAUCCACAGCCAAUAGAAUCUCUGCUUUGGGCCUAUUGCAUCUUAGCAGGGUCACUUGUGUCUGAAGGAGCCACACUUCUAGUAGCAAUCAAUGAGAUCCGGAAAAGUGCGAAAACCAAAGGACUAUCUUUUUACGAGUAUGUCAUGCAAUCCCGUGAUCCAAGUACCAAUGUAGUUCUGAUGGAGGACGCUGCGGCAGUUUUAGGACUGGUUAUGGCUGCCUCCUGCAUGGGUUUGACCUCACUCACUGGAAACCCGCUCUAUGACAGUUUGGGGUCCCUGGGUGUUGGAACCCUACUCGGAGCUGUAUCAGCCUUCCUUAUCUACACUAACACUGAAGCACUAAUUGGGAGGUCAAUACAACCAGAGCAAGUUCAACGUCUCACCGAACUCUUAGAAAGUGAUCCUGCAGUGAGAGCAAUCCAUGAUGUAAAGGCCACUGAUAUGGGAAUGAGUAAGGUGCGUUUCAAGGCAGAAGUUGAUUUUGAUGGUCGAGUUGUUACACGAUCUUACUUGGAAAAACAAGAUAUUGACCAGGUGUUAAAUGAAAUCCGCCAAGUGAAGACAGCAGAGGACUUAGAAGCUUUUAUGCUUAAACAUGGUGAAAAUAUUAUAGACACAUUAGGAGCAGAAGUAGACCGACUUGAAAAAGAAUUAAAGCAACGUAACCCUGAGGUACGACACGUGGAUCUGGAGAUUCUGUAG